ACACCAUUUUGGUUUUCUACUCUCAUCUCCCAAAAUUAAAGGUUUUUCAAAAUCAACAAGACUGCUAGAAUGGUGACUACCGGAACCUACAGUGAUAAGUCAGGGGUUGAAUUGAUUGUCACACGGAUGGGAGAGCCGACGCUUGUGCAACCCUUUGAGGAAACUGAAAAGGGUCUCUAUUUCCUGUCUAACUUGGACCAGAACAUUGCUGUUAUAGUGCGUACAAUUUAUUGUUUUAAGUCUGAGGAGAAAGGGAAUGAGAUGGCCGCUGAGGUGAUUAAGGAUGCGUUGUCUAAGGUUCUUGUUCAUUACCAUCCUGCUGCUGGAAGGUUGACCAUUAGCUCUGAAGGGAAAUUGAUAGUCGAUUGCACCAAUGAAGGUGCGGUUUUUGUUGAGGCCGAGGCUAACUGUAAUAUUGAAGAUAUCGGUGAUCAUACAAAACCUGAUCCUAUGACUCUUGGCAAGUUGGUUUAUGAUGUUCCUGGUGCUAAAAACAUUCUUGAAAUUCCUCCGCUUGUUGUUCAGGUUACAAAAUUCAAAUGUGGAGGAUUUGUGCUUGGACUGGGGAUGAACCAUAAUCUGUUCGAUGGAAUUGCCGCCAUGGAAUUCAUCAGUUCUUGGAGCCGAACCGCCAGAGGCUUACCGCUAGAAGUGCCUCCAUUCCUCGACCGGACGAUUCUCAACGCCAGAAACCCUCCCCUCGUCGAAUUCCCUCAUGAUGAAUUCGCCGAGAUCGAAGACGUAUCAAACACCGUUGAUCUCUACAAAGAAGAAUUAGCUUACCGCUCGUUUUGUUUCUCACCGGACGACAUUCAACGCCUCAAAAUCAAAGCCACCGCAGACGGCGACAUGCCGACUUGCACCUCUUUUGAAGCUCUAUCGGCUUUCGUCUGGAAAGCCAGAACCGAAGCACUUCAAAUGAAACCAGAUCAGAAAACAAAACUCCUCUUCGCCGUAGACGGACGCUCCAGAUUCGAACCACCGUUGCCGGAAGGAUACUCUGGUAACGGCAUCGUGCUAACCAACUCUAUAUGCAAGGCCGGAGAACAGAUAGAAAAUCCGCUGUCGUUCACGGUGAAGUUAGUUCACGAGGCGGUGAAAAUGAUUACUGAUGGUUACAUGAGAUCUGCGAUUGAUUAUUUCGAGGUAACAAGAGCUAGGCCAUCACUGGCGUCUACGCUGUUGAUCACCACAUGGUCAAAACUAUCAUUCCACGCCCAGGAUUUCGGUUGGGGCGAGCCGAUUAUGUCAGGUCCGGUGGCAUUACCGGAGAAAGAAGUAAUCCUGUUCUUAUCACAUGGAAAGCAGAGGAAAAGUGUGAAUGUGUUGCUUGGAUUGCCUGUUUCCGCCAUGAAAACCUUCGAAGAACUCAUGAAGCACAUCUAGAUCUACAAAAUCAAGGUUCAUCAUGGAAUUACUAUCUGUUGCCAAAAUAUUUGCUAUUUUUUUCAUGAUUUUUAUCUUUAAAUUUACAGAAUUCAUAUCGAUAUCAUAUAUUGAAAGCUCGAUUCACUUGACUGAACUUGUAUUGAAGACGUGGAAAGCUAGAUCUAUGAAUGAUGAUUUGUGUUUUUGCUAAAAA